AUGGCUCGCCUCCUGCAGAUCUCGCUGCUCUUCGGUCUGGUGCAUUUUGGUCUCGCAACGAACAUUCGAGGAAGCCACCAGGAGCCCACUGACGAAUCAGACGGCACCUUGCCAGACAGCCUCCUUGCGGGCAAUGCAGUCGUAGGCAUGGAUCAGGACAUGCACACAAAGAUGCUGGUGCAAGUGAAGGCCAUGGAUGCCAUUGUCGAUGCUUGUGAGGAUGUCGUUUGUGGAGAGCUGAAAUGCCCCUCUGGGUUCACUGCAACGAAGUACGACGGCCACUGCUGCGCGUACUGUGUCAAUCCCGACAUCAAGAUUGAGCCCAAGAUUGUCGGCGCCACGGGCAAGUUCGGUGCAGAAGAAAGCGAUGUUUGCCCUUAUGUCUGGUGCUUCCCAACGAUGUGUGAGAAGGAGGAGAUCAUGCCGACGGAUGAGAACGGCCAAUGCUGCCCCGUAUGCCCGAAGUAG